UGCAUUUCUCGCGUGUCUACUCUGCUAUUUAGUUCAUACUAACAAUAAAAAAAAAAAGAGUAAAAACAAAACCAAUCGUAAUUAUCAUUAAACAACAACAACAACAAUAAUGAUAAAAAAGAAACUUGCAAAGCUUUUUCAUGCGGAAAUUUAUUAAACUCCAAUUUCUUUUCCACUUAUAAAACCAUAACAUCGUUCUGCCGCCACAUCGUCGCAUUUAAUAAAUUCAAUUGCAUUCAUACAUUUAUUUACCCAUUGAUAAAACCGUGUGACAAGUUUAUUCACUAUGAAUAAGUAAUUUUUAUAACCUCAGUAUAAAACUUUUCGAAUCUUAAAUAACAACAAGUGUCGGCAAUUAUUUUUUUGUGAAGUGCACUGUCGCAAACAAUUCAUUAAUUGAAUCUAUUUUGUGGUUUUAAAUAAAAUACUGUUCUGUGACGUUUAAUUGCUAAACUUGAGGUUGAUUAAGAGAUAUUGCUAACAAGACUUGAGGAUUUAUUUUAAUCUAAUCUGAUGAGAUAAUCAGACAGAGCAGUGAUGCCAUCGUCGAGAGUAUAAACUAUUUGGAGGACGCAAUGGUACGGACACGAGUUGUUCCGCAAACCAGUGGUGGAAUGCCAGCAAUUUUGCUCAUCAUUCUCUUCCCCCUAGUCCUCCUCAGUAUAACGACAUCCACAGUAGUGCUAGCUGUACCAAAUGUACGAUCGGAAUCAGCAACGGGACCUGCCAAUAGUGUCAAUCCACUGUUGGGAGCUCCAUCAUCGGGCUCCGCCUCUUCCUCUGGCUCUUCUGGCUCAUCCUUGUCCUCAUCCGGCGCGUCGGGUUCACCGUCAGCCGGUUCUGCCUCGUCAUCCAUAUCAUCGGCAGUAUCCUCAUCAUCUUCCUCCUCAUCAACUUCAUCGAGUGGUACAAUCGGCGCUAUUCCUGGCCCAGGUGUCGGUCUAGGGGACGGUCUGUCAGGAGUUGGAGGACACUCGUCAUCGGUGUUGGCCUCUAGUUCUAAUGGAAAUGGCAGAUGUGAGGACAUUACGAUACCCAUGUGUCGUGGAAUCGGUUAUAAUUUGACAGCGAUGCCCAAUGAGUUAAAUCAUGACACGCAAGAUGAAGCAGGCUUGGAAGUGCAUCAGUUUUGGCCGCUAGUUGAAAUCAAGUGUUCCCCGGAUUUGAAAUUUUUCUUGUGUUCAAUGUACACACCGAUAUGUUUGCCAGAGUAUAGCAAACCCUUGCCGGCGUGUCGUAGUGUUUGUGAAAGAGCACGUGCGGGUUGUGCGCCUCUGAUGCAGCAAUACGGAUUCUCAUGGCCUGAACGUAUGGCUUGUGAACGUCUACCUAAUCACGGGGAUCCCGAGAAUUUGUGUAUGGAACAAGACAAUCAUACUAGCAGUGGUGGUGGUGCUAGUGGUUCCGCGAGCAUGGCACCACUGCCUCCGGGGCCACCACGUCCCACACGUCCAACAAAAACAUCUCAGCCGUCACGUUGCAAAGGUAAAAACUCAAAAAACUGUCAGCAUCCUCCAGGGGAAAGGGCAAGGGAUUGCUUGUGCAGGUGCAAAGCUCCCCUCGUGCCUCUGGGGGUAACAAGCAGCGGCAUAGGCACAAGCGGCCACGCGGCGGGAAUCCUGGGGGCCGGAAGCACCCACAUCGUCGGGGUCCCAGUCCCACCAAUCGGACUGGACACGAUGACAAUCAACAGCAACAACUUGAAUUAUCCGGGAAUUGCCGGGGUAAGAGAUUGCGCUCUGCCGUGUCACGGAGUACUCCUGUCCCCCGAGGAGAGAGGAUUCGCAGCGGUGUGGCUAACUCUCUGGAGCGGCCUGUGCGCCGCAAGCACGCUAACAACCGUCAUCACCUUUCUCAUCGACACGCAGCGUUUUAAGUAUCCUGAACGGCCAAUAGUCUUCUUGUCCGCCUGCUACUUUGUCGUAUCUUUAGGGUACUUGGCAAGAAGUGUUUUGGGUCACGAAGAGAUAGCGUGUGAUGGACCAGCUUUGAGAUCUGGCGCCCAAGGGCCCGGUACUUGUGUCACAGUCUUUUUGAUGAUAUACUUUUUUGGAAUGGCUUCGUCAGUUUGGUGGGUAAUAUUGGCAUUUACGUGGUUUUUGGCCGCAGGUUUGAAAUGGGGAAAUGAAGCAAUCACUUCUUACUCUCAAUACUUCCAUUUAGCCGCUUGGUUAGCACCAACUGCUCAAACCGUUUGGGCCUUGUUGGCCGGUGGAAUUGCUGGUGAUCCAGUCGCUGGAGUUUGCACCGUAGCACCCGAAGGUGUUCAAAAAUUCAUACUCGUACCACUUCUAGUCUACUUACUACUCGGCACAAGUUUUCUACUUGCCGGAUUUGUGAGUCUCUUUAGGAUACGUUCGGUAAUAAAACGUCAGCCAGGCGCUAAAGCUGACAAAUUGGAAAAACUUAUGAUACGUAUUGGUGUAUUUUCUGUACUAUACACAGUACCAGCAAGCGCAGUCUUGGGAUGUUAUCUUUACGAAUCAACGCAGCGUGACGAGUGGAUUGCUCAUCUAGCGUGUCCAUGCAGGCCUCAAUCAAAGCCCAUUUACUCAAUCCUUAUGCUAAAAUACUUCAUGGCAUUGGCAGUGGGAAUAACUUCCGGUGUGUGGAUCUGGAGUGGAAAAACUCUCGACUCGUGGCGCCGACUGUGGAGACGUCUCUUUGGUGGUGGUGUCGCUGCUGGCGGAAAUACUGGACUUGCUGGAGUAACGGGCGUCAGUGGAAUUGGGAGCGCAAGCAUGAAAGGCGUUGGACGAUCAAUGAUGCCAAGUUACGCAGCAUCUGGACCCGGAAGUGCUCUAUUGCCACCUGGUAGCGUUGCCAGCGCUUCUCAACACCAUUUGCAUCAUCACGUACUCAAACAACCUCCUUUAUCGCACGUAUGACGUCACCAGUCGGCGGGAGGCGACAUGAAUUCAGCUGGUUGCGAUCCACAGCAGCAACAGCAGUCACAGUUACAGCAACAGCAGCACAAUGAAAGGCCUUCCGCCCUCAGCAACUACGGACCCAUUUAGCCCUUCGCCUCAGCCUCGUCCCGGAGGCAUACACCCGCACACACUGCGCCACAUACGCCCCACAGUGCUGCCACCAUCUACUCAAGACGUUCGCUAGCUUCAACUACGGGACCUCUCACUCCAGCUCACGGUCUUGCGCCAUCUUAUACUCAAGCAACCGACGUCUGAUCCACGAUCAAUAAUUACUAUUCGAACCAGCAAUUGUGGUAGCUAAUUAUCAUUACUAAAUAACUAACUAACUAACUAACAAACAAACAAUCCAGUGGGUGUAAAAAAUAUUGCCAUAUACUAUUGCCGCAUAUACGUAUAAAAAUGCAAUUAUCUUAUCAAGAUUACUUGCGAUAAUUAUCGAGUCAAUGUAGCAGUGAUUUUUUUUUUUUAAUUAUUAUUAUUUUAUUUUAUUUUUCUUUAAUUAAUAAUAUAUUAAAAAAAAAUAUAUAUAUAUAAAUAUUUACUUUUAUUUUUUUAUCGACGCCGGGGAAAGUUUUACCGUCCGCGUGAGACUAAAAUUAAAACAAAAAAUUAAAAUAAAAAAAAAAACGAUAAAAUGGCACGACUUUGUCUCUGGCUAGUACUAAGUACACUGAGAGUGUAAAAAAUUUUGUAUGCUUUGUAUGUUUAAUAUAUUUAAUGUAAAGUGAGAAUGAAGAUAUAAUAUAUCACCGUUUUUUUUUUUUUUUUUUAUAAGUUUAAGCUCUAAGAUUUCUCCUGUCUUUCUAAUAUUUUAUUAAAUACUAGGCUCGAGUGCAUGUCCGUCUCUAUUUAAAUAAAAUAUCUAUAUAUAUCUAUAUAUAUAUAUAUAGCUGCUUGGUCUACUGAUUAGUAGAACGAAUUUAACUUUCCGGAUUUUUUUUUUAAAUUAUAGAAGGAAAGUUUGUCAUGUAAGGAUGUAUAGGGUAGAUUUUAAUAUCGAAGAGAAAAAAAAAGAAUUAUUAAUAUUACUGUCAUUAUUAUUAUGUAAAUAUUGAAACAAAAGUAUAUAUAAAUAUAAAUAUAUAACUUAGGGUAUAGUGUCAUUGUAAAUAAAUAAAUAAAUAAGUAAUAAUAAUAAUGAUAAAUAAAAAAAGUAAUAAACGAGGAAGAAAUUUUUUUGUACAGAAUUCGAGUCAUUAAGGGGGAAAUCUUUGGCAAGAUAAUUGGUGAGAAAAUUAUCAUAAAAUAAUGUGUGAUUAUUAUAAAAAAAAAAAAUAUAUAUAUAUAUAAAUAUAUAAGUAUAAAUAUGGUAGAGCAGUUUUUUUUACCAUGAGAUUAAUAACUAAUGAGAUAACUGGUCAUUGUUUCAUAUUCCAUAGAAAUGAUAAAAAAUUUUUAAAUAAAAUCUUUACUCUCCGAUGUACUUUAACAUUUUGCUAAUUCCAUUUAUAAUUAAGUAAAAUAAUAGUUGACAAAAAGACAGGGAGAGAAAGAGAUUGAUUUUUAAAUUAUUGAAUAUUAAAUAAAAAUAUAAAAAGGUUUAUCACGUGCACCGUAGUUAACACACUCUAUGUAACGUGUAUGCGUGAGAUCUGUAGUCUUGGAGACAUUAUAAUUAUAAUAAUAAUAAUAAUAUAAUAAUAUUAAUGGUAAAUAAUUAUUAAUAAUAAUGAUAAUGUAAAAUGAUUUUUUUAUGAUCUCCGCAGAGUACACGGAAAAAAAAUUCGCUUUAAUAUAUUAUGCUUAAAGUACUUGUCACGUUCGGACUAUCAGUCUUUACUACCUUUAAAAUUUUUCAAGGAUAUUUAAAUUUAUCAAGAAAUGACUUUUUGUUUUUUAUUUAAUUUUAGUAUGUGAUAGAUUUUUUAUUUUCAUUGUAAAAUAAAUAAUUAAUUUUUUUUUCGGUCUGAAUAUCAAAUUAUAAAAUUUUUUCUUUAAUAUGAACUUUUGGAGACUGAAUAAAGUGACAAAAAAAUAACAAAUUGAGUUAUAAGACCAAUAAAACAAUUUUCGGGCCGAAAUAAGUGAAGCCAAACUGAAAAAUUAUUUUAUCGAAAUAAAUUUUUGAAAAAAAAUUUUUUUUUUCCGUGUAACAGAUAUGAGUUUGUAGUUGUAGAGACCAAAAUGCAAUUAUCAAAUAAAUAAGUCAUUUAAGUCAGCAGUUAAAUUACAAAUAAAUAAUAAUAAACAAUAAAGUGACAAACAUAUAAAACAAAAAAAGAUAACAAUAAUAUUUUGACUCAUGUAACUGCCAAGUGUGUAAAGUCAAUUCUAAAAAAAAGUGCGUGUUUUUUACAAUGACAAAAUAAUUUUUCAAUUGCAUUAUUAAAAUUUAUACAAAAAUUUAUAAGUAGAAAAAAAAAUGAAUGAGUAAUGACACAAUUGAAUUAACCGAUACCUGCCUCAAUGCAAACGUCUUGUCAUUAGACUCUUACUUGCCAAAUGCAAAAAAAUCAUUUAAUAAACAAUUAUUAUUAUUAAAUAAAAGUAAAGAGGAAAUAAUAACACGCAACUGAAUGAGUAAAUGAAAAAAUAAAAAUAUAAUAAAAUAAUUAACUGAUAAUUAAAUGUGUAUUUGUAAUUUUAAAUUUAAGAACAACGUAUAGAGUAGGAAAAAGUCACGGAGAAUUAGUCUCACAUAUCAGAUUAAAACUUUAAAUAAGUACUAGGAUAUAAUUCUCGUACUUGAUAAACUUUUUAAAAAUAUAAAUAACAAUUUAAAUAGAUAUUAAGACGACUAGAUUUGAGAGGAAAAUAACAAAAAAAGAAAAAAGUUUAAUGAAUGGAAUAACAAAAAAAUUAAUAAGAGUAAUAGAUAUUCGUAGAGACGAGGGAGAAAUGUACGCAUAUUUGAAUUUGUAAAAUUUUUUGUCACGAUUGAUAAAAAAAAGUUAACAAUAAUAAAAAAAAAAACUAAUUAACUUAUGUAAUUAUUUUUUAAAACUCUCUCGCUCUCUACUACCCAACUGCCAUUUUUUCUCUCGUUUGUCCCAAAAUAAUUGAUAUAAUUAAUUAUUAUUAUUGAGAAAAAAAAUAAUAAUUAAAAAGUUUCGGCUGAGGCCGAGGAUUUUUUACCAUACGUAAAUCAAAAUUGUAUACGAUUUUUAAUACAUUUUAUUAUUAUUUAAUUAUA